UCUUUCCCACGUUUCUUUCCUUCACUCUGCAAAAACCACAAACCAAAAACCUCAAACCUAAGACUCCAUAGACGGCGAAACCUACCACGACCCUCUACGCGGCGGCGAUUGACGGUGGUGGAGAUUUAGGUGGCGGCGUUAUCUUUUCCAGGUGGCACUUCUUCCGACGGAAUUUUGAAUUUCAAGUGAUAUGCUGUGAAUACUGAUCUGCUCAUCUUGCUACUGAUCCUGCCAAUUCUGACUACUGAUACGGUGUGAACCGAUAUGCUGUGAUUUUUCACCGUUAUUUGUUCCUUGAGUGAACUAGUGUCAUACAUAUAUACUAUUACCUGUGUUACUCUGAAGCGGUGGCUUGCAUUCUUACAAGCAGGCAGCUACUGUCUUGACCUCAAACUUGGGGUUUCAAGCUGAUCAAUGGCUUCUUCAUAGCAGCAUACCACUGAAUUUGUUCCCCUCCCAAAGAAAGGAAAAGAAGAAAAAGGUCGUGGAGCCACUAGAAUGAGUAAAGUUGUUCGAGCAAGGAAUAAGGGGCUCAAAUUUCAGGUUAAUUGGAAUAUCAAUGAUUUACCAAUUGGUAAACACAGUGUGCCUAUGAUGAGUUAUUGGGGAACUAGCAUCCGCACUAAUGUCCCAAUUACUCUUAAAACAUGGAAAAAUGUUCCUCAACGUUUGCUAGAUUCUCUAUUUGAAGAUGUUGCGAUAACAUAUAACAUUGACCCUAAGAAGAAAAAAUGGAUGUUGAAAAAAGCUAAUGCUGCUUGGACGAACUUCAAAUCCGAGCUCACAAGAAAUUGGAUCUGGAUACCGCAAAUGGAAAUACGUACAGCUCCACCAAAGCAAUACAAUUUUAUCAAGCCAAAUGAUUGGAAAGAGUUUGUUCAAAGUCGACUUACAAAAGAAUGGGAGGAGAAGAGUGCAGCCGCAAAGAAGUCUGCAGGGGGACAUUUAUAUCAUCAAAAGCGUGCUCGUAGAGGAUAUGCUCGAUUUGAGCAAGAUGUGAUCGAAGAGAUGGCUAUGAAACGCAUUUAUGUAUCAUCGGUUAGUCGAGCUCAACUGUGGAAAUUAAUGAGGACCGACAACAAAGGGAAUAUUCAGGAAGGGGCUAAAGAAGUUGCUAAGCGUAUAGAUUAUUUUAUGCAUCAAGCUGAAAAAGGAGAGAUUGAAGACACGGUUAGGCUAGAUGUAUUGUCUAAGGCCUUGGAGGAGAAACGAUAUGGUGGUCGUGUGAGAGGGGUUGGAGUUUGAGUGACAAAUACAGAUUAUUUUG